AUGGCUGAAGGAGGCUACUGCAUAUGUGAGGAAGAAGAAGCUGAACAGGGUUCUGCUAGCCAGAACGGCGUCGUUUUGGACCAACCCAGCGAAAUUUUUUUAAAACGCGCUGGCCAAAACGUCGCCCUCUUCGACCAAAACAGACCCUCAGCACUCCAAAACCCCAAUUUCCUAAACCUCAAACCUAAAUCCUCAAUCUUCACCCCCCACAAACCUUUAACCCUCUCCCCCACCAAGCCUUUAAACCUCAACUCCUCCAUUGCCGCCGCUGCUAGCAGCAGCACCGCUUCCAAAAGCUUGCCUCCGCUUCCACCACCUCACAAUUCAAGAAUUAUGGAAAGAUUUUUUAAGAGAAAGUCAUCAUUGGGUAGUUCGGAUAGUGUCGGUAGUUCAAGAACUUCAGGUUCAAGACAAAGUGAGUUAGAUGAGGUUUUGGCUAAUCUUCAAGUAGACCCGGGACUAAGAAUUCGUAUGAUUAAGUAUGAUACUAACAUUAGAGAUGAGGUUCGAAGAGCAUAA